AUACAAUAUAAAAGCUUGGUCGAAAUUGUAGGAAAGAGAACAAUUUUAAGAAAGAAAAAGAAAAAAGGUAAGAAGAACUUUUAUCUACGAGACUUUUUGUUUAUUUGAUAUUAACGGGUACGUUUCUUGUCUACCGUCAAAGUUUUCUCGAGAUUUACUCAAAAUUCAACGCAAGUCUGAUAGGACAAAGAAUCGAUAAUGACGGGUAUUAGUAAUUCUUCUAUCAAAUAACGGGUCCCGUCGUAAAGUUUUCAGUUCUUCAUUAAAACUAUCGCUACCGUGUGUGUAUGUGUAAUGUGUGUGUGUGUUUUUUUUCUUUUAUCGUGAUGGAGCAUGCGUGACAUUCAACUCUUUCGAGAAAACAAAUUUCUCGCAGUUCGACCGAACUCUCCGUGCCAAUCUAACGACACAUUUGAUAGUUUAUUUUUCUUCGAGUUUAUACGGCUGAAAAAGACAAAUGGAUUACGCCAUAGGUUGGAAUCGUUUUAACUUGUCGGUGUUAGGAGUUUGGCCUGAACCAUCGAAGACGUCGUUUCUUUGGCGAUUAACGUCAGCCAGUAUAUUUUGGACGAGCACUACCGUGACCAUUUUGUUCAUAUGUGCACCACAAACGGCAGAUCUGAUUCUGAAUUCAACCAGACUGGACGAAGCCAUAGAAAAUUUAUCCAUCAACAUACCUAUCGCUUUCGCUGUGAUCAAGCAAAUUGUUUUGCGGUAUCACGGAAAAGCAUUGAAAUCAUUACUCAACGAGAUAGUUAACGACUGGAGUCAGAAGCAAGCAGAAUCAGAACGUUCGAUGAUGUUGAAAAAUGCUAAAUUGAGUCGAACGAUAUCCCUCUUUUGUUCUACUUUGACGUAUCUAAUGUUGACCGCCUUCAUAUCGCUUCAAACCUAUGCGAAUAUGGCUAGUGCCUCCGAAGUCGAUCUAGGAGGACUUUUGCAUCCAGCGACCUUUCCAUACGACACCAAGAAAAGUCCUUAUUUCGAGAUCACUUGGUUGGGACAAUUAAUGGGAACGAUUCUAACGGCCAUCUGUUAUUCUUGCUUCGAUACUUUCCUCGCAGUCUUUGUUUUGCAUUUGUGUGGACAACUCUCGGUUUUGCGAUCGAAUUUAAAAGAAUUGGCGGAGAUAGCGAAGCGUGACGUCGCUCUGUUUCAAAAUAGACUCGGCUACAUUGUGAAUAGACACGAACAACUGCACAAAUUCGCCAUAAUAGUCGAGGAUUGUUUCAAUCUUACUCUACUAGGGCAAACUUUGAUUUCGACAGCUAUGUUCUGCCUGACGGGAUAUCGUAUGAUCACGUCGAUGGAAGGACAGGAACAAGAUUUGCCGAUAGUAGGAUUGAUAUUUUACAUCAUUCAUGUGACAUACACGAUGUUGCAUUUAUAUAUAUAUUGUUACGUUGGUGAAACUCUUCUGGUCGAGAGCACUGGAAUAGCUUUCUCCGCUUACGAUUGCGAAUGGUAUGACUUGCCUCCAAAAAAGGCAAUCUGCUUGCUGAUAGUAAUUUGUCGAGCAAGAAUAGCAUUUCAAAUCACCGCUGGAAAAUUUUGUCCAUUUUCGUUAGAAUUGUUCGGCGCUAUCAUUAAAACAUCAGCCGGAUAUUUAUCGGUAUUACUAGCUAUGACAGAUAAUCCCGUAGAAGUGUAAUAAAAUAUUAUUUCGUUAUUUAUAACGAACAAUCAAUCGAUCGACAAAUCUGAAAGACAUUAAAAAUCGUUCGCAUGUUAUAUCUACUAGCAUGUAAUAUUUUUUUCAUAAUUUAUUAAUAAUUAUUAAUGAAAUGCUAUUAGUAAAAACAUUGCAAUAUAAUGAAAAUAAUACUGCAAUAGAACAUUGAAAGAGUAACAAAAUUUUAACGUUCUUGUAAGAAUGGUAUUACGUGAUAAGUGUAACGAAAUUAAAUACUUCUUUUAUAUUUAUGCCUUAAUUAUAUAUGAAGGAUACCUGGACUUGAAUUAAUA